AUGACAGAAGCCACCAAAACCACCGUGGUGAAUCAGGGCCUAACGCACCUUCGUGAGGAAGAUGGAGCCAGCCCCUGCCUCCCAGGAGCGGGGUCACACUCACAUGCCCCUCACCUGCACACAGUGGCGCAGCGCAUGCACACCGACGCAUCCUUUGUAGAGACACAAGACUCUGUAAGGAAACUGCUGAAUGCGGAGCUCGGCCCGCUGGCCCAGCUGUUCAGCUCCAUGUCUAUCCGUUGGCCCGGCCGCUCCCUCGGAAGCCAUGCUUGGAUACUGAUAGCCAUGAUGCAGCUCGCUGUGGAUUUUCCAUCCUGUGAGUCCUUGGGUCCUGGCCCCGAGUUCCGGCUCCUGCCACGGCCCCCACAGCGGCCCCCACGGCUCUGGAACCUGCGAAGCGGGCAGCCGGCCCGGAUCCCCACGCCCGUGUGGAGCCCACGGGCAACCCGCACAGAACGGGCCCACGGACAGAUGCAGACGCCUCGUGUCCGGCGGGCCCACAGGCCUCGGGACCAAGUGGCCAUCCUUGUGCCCAAAGCGGGUCUUUCUAAGCCCCCAGCUGCUGCCAAAUCCAGCCCUUCUCUGGCCUCCACAUCCUCCUCCUCCUCUUCCUCCUCCUCUACCAUGGCUGGUGGGGCGGCUGAGCAGCAGAGCCUCCUGCGGCGGGGCCGGCGGCACAUACAGGACGUGGCAUUCAACAGCUUUGACUUCAGAGGCAGCAGGCCCACCACAGAGACUGAGUUCAUCGCCUGGGGCCCCACAGGGGACGAGGAGGCCCCAGAGUCCAACACGUUUCCGGGCUUAUUUGGCCCCACCACCAUCUCCACCUUACAGACACGGAAGACAACUGUGGGUACCACCACCACCACCACGGCCUCCACCACCACCACGGCUACUGCCGUGACGCUGCAGACUAAGGGGGUCACGGAGUCCCUGGGUCCCCGGAGAAAGAUCCCUGUUGGGGUUAGCACAACGGAGCCUUCCACCAGUCCCAGCAGCAACGGGAAAGACAGCAAGCCCCCAAGGAUUCUGGGGGAGACCUCAGGUCUGGCUGUGCAUCAGAUCAUCACCAUCACCGUCUCCCUCAUCAUGGUCAUCGCUGCGCUCAUCACUACUCUUGUCUUAAAAAAUUGCUGUGCCCAAGGUGGGAACACUCGGAGAAACAGCCACCAGCGGAAGGUCAACCAGCAGGAGGAGAGCUGCCAGAACCUCACCGACUUCACCCCGGCACGGGUACCCAGCAGUGUAGACAUCUUCACGGCCUACAACGAGACCCUGCAGUGCUCGCACGAGUGCGUGCGGGCAUCUGUGCCCGUCUACACCGACGAGACGCUGCACCCGGCUGGGGAGUACAAGUCCACGUUCAACGGAAACCGAUCUUCCUCUGCGGAUCGGCAUCUCAUCCCUGUGGCCUUUGUGUCUGAGAAAUGGUUCGAAAUCUCCUGCUGACUGGCCGAAGGCUUUUUUACCUCCUGGGGGCAGGGCAGACGCCAUGUGUCUAUUUCAUGGAUCCCGUUGGUGAACCUGUAAAAACAAAACAAAACAAAAAUACAAAACCUAAAACUAGACUAUCUAAGGGAAGCUGCCAUUCUGUUUGCCGGCGGAAAACUCACAGAGCGGGACACUCUAGGCAAAAUAUAUUUUUGUACAAAUGCUCAUGCCUAUGGGCCGCCGCCUCCUCCUGGAGUUUUCUUUGGAGAACAGAAAGAAGAAAUGCAAGGAGGGGACUGGAGUCAGAGAGCCACGGAGACCAAGCAAAAAGGACAGAAGGAAGGAUACCUGACGUCUGGAAUUUGUACCACGAUUCUGAACCCAUGCCAAUAAUGCCAUUAUGUGCCAUGAUCUGACCCCAAAGCUUGGCUGCAAGCUGGAGCCAAGCGGACCACGUGUAGAAAUUUCACAGAAAACAGGGGUGGGAAUCUUCCGAUAGAGUCACUAUUUCUGGUUAUUAUACAUAUAUAAAUAUAUAAAUACCAACAGAGACACACAUAUACACACAUACACUUUUUUUGUACUGUAGCAAUUUUUGAAGAUCUUCAAUGUUCCUUUUUAAAAAAAAUGAAAGAAUUGUGUUAUAGGUUACAAAAAAAAAAAUCUGAUUUAUUUAACUUGCUUAGUACGAACAGAAUAAACUGGUGUUUUCUACUUUGGCCACGCAGCUCACACACAUGCCACAUACAGCCACACACACCUGCAGACACACACACACACACCACACACACAUACCUGCACACCCGCAUCUAUACGCAUCUAUUGGAGAUACAGUUCCACAGGUGAGCAUAUUCGUUCUUCUUCCUAGUAACCUGAUGUGUCAUCCCUGGGGGCGGCCUCAUCAGAUGAUGUGCCUCUUCAGUGACAUCUUGUGUCUGCCAGAUGUUUCCUGAGUGAUACCCAAGUGAAUGCUUUCUUAAUCUUGGGCCGGAAUUAAGGAUGCCACAAUUUUCUAUAUAUAUGUAUACACACACCUGCAUAAAUGUUACCUUUCUUCAUUUACUUGCUGGAAGCUGCUACCUAACAGCCACGUGAACGCUUCCGUCGCUGGCUGCCGACAGGCGGGCCUGAGCACCAGGUUGGGUGGGUGGUGGAUUCUCGAACAUUUGUGUUAUACAAGCGUAGACUGAAUUAAAGAGAUUUUCCAGUUCCAAACA